CAUGAGGUAUUUUGCUCUCUAAAGACCUUCACGCUACUCCGAGGUUUCGUACGGCAACGACUUCGACUCUGAACCUGUGUCUUGAGCGGAUACUACAGCCUGGCUAUAAAAGCCGAAAGACGUCAGAACCUCUUACCGUGGCACCUGUUAUGACAGCGUCGAUGGUUCGCCUUCAAGUACAUUCUGAGCUGCGGAAUCAACCUAGACUGAGAGCCUUGAAUCGCGUUGGUCUCUUGGUCUCUGGAGGUUUUUCCGUCGGUUCAAAGAAUGCCCUCGUUUGAAGUGACGGUCCGCGAUUUCCCCGACUUGAAAGAUCGCACAAGGAUUCUACUACAGUGCAAACCUCCGGAAGGGGCAUCUUGCCUCCGCUGCGGAGAUCUUGCUGGCAUCUCCUGGCAAGCGACUUGUGGACACAGUUUCUGCAACGACUGCAAAGACGUGCUGACAAAGAGCCACGUCCUAACGUGUCCAGUGCAUUUCAGUCAGACGCCCAAAGCCUCGCUCAAACGUACAGACAGAGGAAUACAGGAAACGAAAGACAACACAGCAGUGUGUGCUUGGGAAGGCUGCCGCGCCUCGGGAACUCUUCAGUUUAUCCUUAAACAUUGUGAACACUGUCCAAAGAAGCCUCGUCUGCGCAGAAACUAUUCCUGGCAGUGUUCUCAGGAGGAGGUUGAGGACAAUUUGCACAACGGUUUGGUGAAAAUCGUAAAACCCCUGUCUCCGACGUCGCCCAAAUUUGACGUGACUCACCCGUUGGAGUUUGCGAUGGGGUUUCAUGGCUCUAGCCCAUAAGGUCAUGAAACGAGGGCACAGAAUAAAGCAUAUCGCUCAAGUUAAG